GCCGGUGUGGUUCACACUUCACAACACAGGUUCUGACCUCAGAGUGAUGAUGGUUGUGUGUGUUGAUCUGAGUCUUCAUAUUCAUAACACUCCCGCCAAACAAAACAACGUAAACCCUAAUUUCUUCAGGGUUUAAGCUCAUUUCUUCAAUUCUUCUUCCCUGAGCUGAAAACCGAGAAUUGAGAAGAACAAAUUGUACUUACCAACUUACAUUUGAAAUUUUCACAUUCCAAAGAUUAAAUCUUUGAGCUAAACAAAAUGAGCUUCGCGGCCUACAAGAUGAUGCACUGCCCAACCGGCAUCGAUAACUGUGCCUCCGGUUUCCUCACUCACUCACGCGCCGACUACGUUCCACGCGUCCCUCCUCUUCCCGCCGACGACCUGGACCCUGACUCCGACUGGCCCAACCCCGCUACCCGCCGCGACCUCGGCCCCAUUCCCAACCUUAUCCUCACUUCUGCCAAUGUCCUCGAAGUCUAUGCCGUCAGGGUCCACGAGGAAUCUGCUAAGGGUCCUCCGGCUGCAGCUGAGUCCAGCCGUGGUGGCGUUUUCGACGGCGUCACCGGGGCCUCACUCGAGCUUGUUUGCCAUUACAGGUUACAUGGUAAUGUUGAAGCCAUGGCUGUGUUGAGCAUUGGAGCUGGUGAUGGUUCCAGAAGGAGGGAUUCAAUCAUCUUAACUUUUAAAGAUGCAAAGAUUUCAGUUCUAGAGUAUGAUGAUUCUAUUCAUGGACUUCGUACAAGUUCCUUGCAUUGUUUUGAGGGUCCAGAAUGGCUUCAUUUGAAAAGAGGAAGAGAACAGUUUGCAAGUGGUCCCCUGGUAAAGGUUGAUCCUCAAGGCAGGUGUGGUGGGGUUCUUGUCUAUGAUUUGCAAAUGAUAAUACUAAAGGCUACUCAGGCUGGUUCUGGUUUAGUUGGAGACGAUGAUACCUUGGGUUCUGGAGGUGCAGUUGCUGCUCGUAUUGAGUCAUCUUAUAUGAUAAAUCUACGUGACUUGGAUAUGAGGCAUGUAAAAGAUUUUACAUUUGUUCAUGGAUAUAUUGAACCUGUUAUGGUCAUCCUGCAUGAAUGCGAGCUUACUUGGGCUGGGCGUCUCUCAUGGAAGCACCAUACAUGCAUGAUAUCUGCACUUAGUAUUAGCACAACUUUGAAGCAGCAUCCACUCAUUUGGUCAGCUGUUAAUCUCCCCCAUGAUGCCUACAAGCUUCUAGCAGUGCCCUCACCAAUAGGUGGUGUUCUUGUAAUUGGAGCUAACACUAUUCAUUAUCAUAGUCAGUCUGCUUCAUGUGCAUUGGCCUUGAAUAGCUAUGCUGUUUCACUUGAUAGCAGUCAGGAGAUGCCAAGAUCAACUUUCAAUGUGGAGCUUGAUGCUGCCAAUGCAACUUGGCUGUCGAAUGACGUGGCCUUGCUGUCGACAAAAACUGGCGAACUGCUAUUGCUUGUGCUUGUUUAUGAUGGAAGGGUCGUGCAGAGACUUGAUCUUUCCAAGUCAAAAGCUUCAGUUUUGUCAUCUGGUAUAACGACAAUUGGAAGUUCUCUGUUUUUUCUCGCGAGUCGAUUGGGAGACAGUAUGCUGGUGCAAUUUUCUUGUGGAUCUGGUGUUUCAAUGUCAUCGUCUAAUAAUCUAAAAGAGGAGGUUGGUGAUAUUGAAGUAGAUGCUCCUUCAUCAAAGAGAUUGCGAAGGUCACCUUCUGAUGCUUUGCAAGAUUUGGUUAGUGGCGAGGAACUUUCAUUGUAUGGAUCUGCACCAAAUAGAACAGAAUCAGCACAGAAAACAUUCUCAUUUGCAGUUAGGGAUUCAUUGAUUAACGUUGGUCCUCUAAAAGAUUUCUCAUAUGGUUUGAGGAUAAAUGCUGAUGCAAAUGCUACAGGGAUUGCCAAACAGAGUAACUAUGAAUUGGUGUGCUGUUCUGGUCAUGGAAAGAAUGGUUCUAUCUGUGUUCUUCGGCAAUCAAUUCGCCCAGAAGUGAUAACUGAGGUUGAACUUCCUGGUUGCAAAGGAAUUUGGACUGUUUAUCAUAAGAGCUCACGGUCUCAUAGUGCUGAUUCCUCUAAGAUGGCUAAUGAUGAUGAUGAAUAUCAUGCAUACCUGAUUAUAAGUUUGGAGGCUCGUACUAUGGUACUAGAAACAGCUGAUCUUCUUAGUGAGGUUACUGAAAGUGUAGAGUAUUAUAUUCGUGGUAAAACACUUGCUGCAGGAAAUUUAUUUGGAAGGCGUCGAGUUAUCCAAGUUUUUGAGCAUGGUGCUCGAAUUCUUGACGGGUCUUUUAUGACCCAUGAAAAAUUUUUUGGAUCUUCUAACUCUGAAUCUAAUUCUGGAUCUGAGAAUGUGAUGGCGGUUUCUGUUUCUAUUGCUGAUCCAUACGCAUUGAUCAGAAUGAGCGAUGGAAGUAUUCGACUUUUAAUUGGAGAUCCUAGUACCUGUACCAUUUCUGUUACUACUCCGGCUUCACUUGAAAGCUCAAAAGGAUCAGUUUCUUCUUGCACACUGUAUCAUGAUAAAGGGCCUGAGCCAUGGCUAAGGAAGACAAGUACUGAUGCAUGGCUUUCUACUGGUGUUGGUGAGGCUAUUGAUGGUGCAGAUGGUGCAGCUCAGGACCAUGGAGAUAUUUAUUGUGUUAUGUGUUAUGAAAAUGGUAGCCUUGAAAUAUUUGAUGUGCCCAAUUUUAGUUGUGUUUUUUCUGUGGAAAACUUUAUGUCUGGAAAGAGUCACCUUAUUGAUGCUCUGAUGAAAGAGGUGCCAAAAGAUUUUGAAAAAGUGGACAGAGGUUCCAAUGGCAUAAGUGGUCAAGGCAGGAUGGAAAAUGUUCCGGAUAUGAAAGUUGUUGAGUUAGCCAUGCACAGAUGGUCAGGACAGCACAGCCGUCCAUUUCUUUUUGGGAUUUUGAGUGAUGGAACAAUUCUUUGUUAUCAUGCCUAUCUUUAUGAAAGUCUAGAUGGUAAUUCCAAACUCGAGGAUUCAGUAUCUGCAGGAGGACCAGCUGGUCUUAACAGUACUAAUGUUUCCAGGCUUAGAAAUUUGAGAUUUGUUCGGGUUCCCAUGGAUGCGUAUGCCAGGGAGGAGACAUCAAAUGUAUCCCCUUGUCAGCAAAUUACCGUUUUCAAGAAUAUUGGUGGUUAUCAAGGAUUCUUUCUAUCAGGGUCUAGACCAGCUUGGGUUAUGAUGUUGAGAGAGCGAUUACGUGUUCAUCCACAGCUAUGUGAUGGAUCUAUUGUUGCUUUUACGGUUCUUCACAAUGUGAACUGCAACCAUGGGCUCAUAUAUGUUACAUCACAGGGUGUUUUGAAGAUAUGCCAGUUGCCUUCUGGAUCAAACUAUGACUGCUACUGGCCUGUGCAGAAAAUUCCACUGAAGGCCACCCCACAUCAAGUAACAUACUUUGCGGAGAAGAAUCUAUAUCCACUUAUUGUCUCAGUUCCUGUUCCUAAACCACUUAAUCAAGUUGUUUCUCUAGUUGAACAAGAUUCCAACCAUCAGAGUGAGAGCCAGAAUCUAAAUCCUGAUGAACAAAACCGUUUUUAUUCUGUUGAUGAAUUUGAGGUUCGUAUUAUGGAGCCAGAUAAGUCUGGUGGCCCUUGGCAAACAAAGGCAACAAUUCCUAUGCAAACUUCUGAAAAUGCCCUUACUGUGAGAAUGGUUACACUGCUGAAUACAUCCUCCAAAGAAAAUGAAACCCUUUUGGCUGUUGGCACUGCUUAUGUGCAAGGAGAAGAUGUGGCUGCUAGAGGACGUAUCCUGCUGUUCUCUCUAGGAAAAAAUACCGAUAAUUCUCAAACUCUGGUUUCAGAGGUGUACUCAAAGGAAUUAAAAGGAGCUAUAUCUGCCUUGGCCUCUCUUCAGGGCCAUCUGUUGAUAGCAUCUGGUCCAAAAAUUAUCUUGCACAAGUGGACUGGCACUGAGUUGAAUGGGAUUGCAUUUUUUGAUGCACCACCAUUACAUGUUGUGAGCUUAAAUAUAGUAAAAAACUUCAUCCUCAUUGGUGACAUCCAUAAAAGUAUAUAUUUCCUUAGUUGGAAAGAGCAGGGUGCUCAACUUAGCUUAUUAGCCAAAGAUUUUGGUAAUCUUGAUUGCUUUGCGACGGAGUUUCUGAUUGAUGGGAGUACUCUGAGUCUCAUGGUUUCAGAUGAUCAAAAGAACAUCCAGAUCUUUUACUAUGCACCGAAGAUGUCCGAGAGUUGGAAAGGACAGAAGCUUCUUUCAAGAGCCGAAUUUCAUGUCGGUGCCCAUGUGACUAAGUUCUUGAGGUUGCAGAUGCUAUCCACUUCUGAUCGAAGUGGUUCUGGCUCCGAUAAAACCAAUCGAUUUGCCUUAUUGUUUGGUACCUUGGAUGGCAGUAUAGGUUGCAUUGCGCCUCUCGAUGAACUUACAUUUCGAAGACUUCAAUCAUUACAGAGAAAGCUUGUUGAUGCCGUACCCCAUCUUGCUGGCCUUAAUCCGAGAGCUUUCAGGCAGUUCCGAUCAAAUGGAAAGGCCCAUCGGCCUGGCCCCGACAGUAUAGUGGACUGUGAGCUUCUAUGCCAUUAUGAAAUGCUACCGUUGGAGGAACAACUUGAAAUCGCACACCAGGUUGGAACAACUAGAUCACAAAUCCUCUCAAAUCUAAGUGAUCUGGCUCUUGGAACUAGCUUCUUGUGAACACAGCCGUCGUCUUGCAAAAUUCUAGCCUGUUAUCUCACUUCGGCUUUUGAUCCAAUCCGGUAACAUUCUUGUGAUUGGAAAAAGCGCUUCGCCUUGUCGAAAUGCGUGCAAGUGUAUUAUCCUUCAACCUUGGAUCAUAAAUGUAUCGCGGUUCUAUAGUGUGCCCAGAUGGGAGCAAGUUAGGUUCUAGAAACAUCUAGAAGCUCAGAUCAGCUUGGUAGUUGUUUGUCAGCAUCAUGAAUUCAUUCUAACAUUCUGUAAUUACAAAAAUGCAUUUUGAAGUGCUCAAACGAAAGAAUCACAAAACUGGAAGUUCCUCAACAAUAUGCAUGCAUGGUUUCACACUGUAACUGUUGCUUUAGCAACCAUAAACUGGGACGCCGGUUAUUUCCAAUCAUUGGAGAAGAAAAAGUAGUUGAAAUUGGUUGAUCAGUCAAAACGAAAAUGAAGAUAGAGUAUGAUAGCUGAUAAUUAAGGUAGCAAAUGCAUAUGAUAAAAU